AUGAGCCGCAGGCCCGACUCCCGCGGCGCACCGCAGCUCGCGGACCUCAACCUCGGCUGCGGCGGCCCGCUCUCGCUCAUCGUCGGCGCGCUGAGCAAGGCGGACCGCGCCGCGCUCGCCGCAACCUCCUCUGACUGCAUGUGCGGCGUCCUGGACUGCCACGUCGGCGCGUGCGCGUGGCGCAGCGAGACGUGCGUCGGCAGGAGCGUCGCGCAGCGGCUCCACGGCCGCACGUCCUCCGCGGCCCUCCUCGGCUGGGCCGCCGACGACCACUGGACGGUGCACUGCCGCGCCGGUGCCGACCCGACCCGUGACGAGUCGAUCGUGCGCGUGGAGCGCUCGAAGGUUCGCGUGCGCGAGGGAGCUCGAGGCUACUCGAUGAAGAAGGUGUCGUGUGGGCCGCCGCCGAUCACGGCUGGCAUGACGCGGUUGGAGGUCGUUGACGUGGGGAACUGCACCGGGCCGUGGCUGGCGACAGACAAGUGGCUGCCGGCGGCGGCUCGCGGCAGCGUCAAGGAACUGCGCGCUGGGAACACCGACAUGCGCGCCGUGCCGUCGGGCAUGGCGUCCCUGGCGGUGCUCGACGUGGAGCGUUGUACGCGCCUUGACGACAACACGUGGCUGCCGGAGGACUCGCGGGCGCGCGUCAGGGUCCUCCGGGCCGUGAACAGCUGCGUCCGCCGCGUCCCGGGCGGGCUGUGCGCGCUCCAGGAGCUGCACGUGUCGCGCGCCGACGCCGAGUCCGACUGGCUGCCGCGGGACUCGCGGGCGGCGCUGAGGGCGCUGACGCUGCGCGAUAUGGAGCUACCGGCGCUGCCGGACGACAUGUUGGCGCUCGAGGAGCUCGUGGUGGCCACCACGGACGAUCUCGACCUCGGUAACUUCGAGGACCCUGUCAUGGCGUACCGACUCGGGGAGGGGGGUUUCCUGGGGGGGAGUGUAGCCGGGCAGUUGAGGGUGCUCGACGUCAGCGCGCCGAUCGUCGACUUUCAGAUCCCGGCGGACAUGCAGAGGCUGGAGUCGCUGCGUGUGUCGUGCGUCACGCUCGCCGGCGACGACUGGCUGCCGGCGAGCUCGGCGGUGGCGUUGAAGACGCUCCGCAUGGCGGCGGCGGGGAUUCGUGGGGUGCCGCGGGGCCUGGAGGUGCUCGAGGAGCUUGAGGUCAGCGGGGCGGAGCGGUCGUGCGUCCACGACGCCAUCUCGCUGGGGCUGGACGCACCAGAGGAACUCACAGGGGUCUCAUGGCUCCCUGAGUCAUCCAGACGGCGGCUCAGGAAGCUGGAUGUAUCCGGCACGAGAGUGCGGUGGAUUCCCGAGGGUUUGAGCGCGCUGGAGGAGCUGUACGUCCGGUGCCGCCUUGCGACGCCAUGGGGGGACAUCGACGACGACGACGACGUAGAUCAGAUGCCGUGGAUCGACGCGCGCUCAGCGGCGAACGUGCGGCGCCUCAAGGCGCGGUACACCGGCAUCCACCGCGUCCCUGACUGCUUCGUCGCGUUGGAGGAGCUCGACGUGACGGGCUGCAGGGAACUCGACGAAGACUGGCUUCCCGAGCGCUGCCGGCGCAAGCUCAGAAAGCUCACGGCCCGGGAAACCAACCUGACGACGGUUCCGGGGUCGAUGCCGGAGCUCACUGAUCUGGACGUGUCAAACUGCUCGGGGCUCGCCGUGUCAGACUGGAUCGCGGCGAGCAGCAGGGCUGCCAUCCGGGUGCUCGCGGCGAAAUCCUCGAACAUCGCCAGGGUCCCGGCGGGGCUGACGUCUCUCGAAGUGCUGGAGAUAGGCGACUGCCGUGCUCUGGACGUCGACAACUGGAUCGACGAGAGCUCCACGGGAAAGAUUCGGGCCCUCGCGGUGGACGAGACUCGUAUCGCGAAAUUGCCCGCCAUGCCCUCCCUCGAGUGGCUCCGCGUGGACAAGUGCAGGGAGCUCAAAACCAUCGAGCCGUCGUCUGCUCCGAAGCUGCGGUUCCUCUCCGCGAACCGCUCCGGCGUGCGGCGCAUCCGCGACAUGCCCAAGCUGGAGAGCCUGCAUCUCGAGGGGUGCGAGCUCGAGGCAGACUUCGUCGACGAGGCGUCAAGCAGCGGUGUGGCGAACCUGAGCAUCUCCAGGACGAAGCUGCGGCGCGUGCCUGCGACGUUCACGCGCCUGCAGACGGUGCUGUGCGAUGACUGCGCAAUGCUGGACGAGGACUGGCUCGAGAAGCUGCCGGUGGAGGGAUGCGUGGAAGUUGCUGGACCGAAAAGGAUCCCGCGCUACUCGUUCGGCUACAAAGUGCGCGCAGGGAACAUUGUAGGGCCUUCGAUGGCUGCCUUCGCGUUCUUUCCCUAUCGCAUUCCCAAUAUUUACACACGGCGCAGUGAUGCCCUAGAUGCAGGCCCCGCUUGUACCCUCCCGGCCCCGCCCGUGUGA